UCCUAAAUUAAUAGAUAAAUUAACAAAGGUUUGUAAAAAUAUUCAAAUUUUGAAAAUACAUCAUAAGGCUUUCUCAUACGAAUAUCAACCAAGCAUAUCCAAUAGUUCCAGCUUGUCAUCAACUAUUACAUUUUUUAGCAUUGGCUUUUCAUCAAACAAGAAUGCUGAUUACAAUCUAACUCAACUGAUCAAGGCACAAAAUCAAAUUAAACAAUUGGAUGUUGAUUCACUUGAUAAUAGAAGUAUAUCAGAAGACCUGAAAAAGCAAUUUCAGAUCAUUCGUGAUAAUUCUACCAACACUUCAUAA